GAUCUCUUUAGAUACAGACUGGUUGGCCAGAACUGCGCUCAGCUAGAAACUAUGAAGAAACAUUCUGCAUAAAACUUUUACUUGACUGAGGCCAUGGCAUCUUCAUCAAACUUAGAUGCUGGGGCCCAGUUAAUUGUAGAAGAAUGUCCCACUAGCUACAGCCUUCCACCCAUGCCGGACAUUAAAGUGGAGCAUCAGCUUGACACUGGCACAGAAGAAGGCCCAGCUCAGAGCGUUGCCAUGGGAAUGAAAUUCAUUUUGCCCAAUAGAUUUGAUAUGAACGUCUGCUCGAGAUUUGUGAAAUCUCUGAAUGAGGAGGACAGUAAAAAUAUUCAAGACCAAGUUAACUCUGACCUUGAAGUGGCAUCUGUCUUAUUUAAAGCUGAAUGCAACAUCCACACUUCUCCUUCCCCUGGUAUCCAAGUAAGGCAUGUUUAUACUCCAUCAACCACUAAGCAUUUCUCACCAAUAAAACAAUCAACUACCCUAACUAACAAACACAGGGGAAACGAAGUCUCUACAACACCUCUGCUUGUAAACUCUUUAUCAGUUCAUCAGCUAGCAGCUCAGGGAGAAAUGUUGUAUCUGGCCACCCGUAUUGAACAAGAAAAUGUAAUUAAUCAUAAGGAUGAAGAAGGAUUUACCCCUCUGAUGUGGGCUGCAGCUCAUGGGCAGAUAGCAGUAGUGGAAUUUCUUCUCCAGAAUGGUGCAGAUCCUCAGAUUUUGGGGAAAGGGCGAGAAAGUGCCCUCUCGCUGGCUUGCAGUAAAGGAUACACAGAUAUUGUCAAAAUGCUGCUUGACUGUGGAGUCGAUGUCAAUGAAUAUGACUGGAAUGGAGGCACACCGCUGCUCUAUGCAGUGCAUGGGAAUCAUGUGAAAUGUGUAAAAAUUCUCCUUGAAAGUGGUGCUGAUCCAACUAUCGAAACAGAUGCUGGCUAUAAUUCCAUGGAUUUGGCUGUAGCCUUGGGCUAUCGGAGUGUUCAACAGGUUAUUGAGUCUCAUUUAUUAAGGCUACUUCAAAAUAUAAAGGAAUAAUGGUUGGCUCUUCUGUGGGUGUCAGUUCUUGGACUGGAGGUUGGCACUUCUUUUUAUCCCGGUAAUCAGUGACAAGAGGAAGUAGGUUUUUAACUUUACCUCAGUUCAACUAUGUGCUGGUUUUAAUUAAGCUUUUUAAUGUGCUUCCUGUUUUUUCAUUGUUGUUCAUAGAAAUAUGCAAUAUCAUCCCUUUCUUAAAUAUAUAAAAUACUAUUUUAGAUGAAAAUGUCAGUUGCUGUGCAUGCAAACCUUUGUAAAUAAGCCCAGUUUUGAUCAUGUAA